UCCUCCUUCGUGUACAGUGGCGGCGACCUUCCCACGCCAUACAUAUGUAUAUACGUACGUAUCUCUCUCCUCCGUCCGGCAACCACACGGCUUGACGGCGACCGGAAAUUAAACUCGCGCGCGCGCGAAAAGCGAAAACGGGCGUGUAUCGCGCGCGAGGAUCUGCCGCGAGGGUAUCGAGAGGCGCGCCCGUUCGUCUCGUUCCGUCGGCGAGACGGCUCUGAGUGAAGUGCGUCGCGUUCGUCGUUCCGGCGCGGGUGUCGCAUCACGUCGCACAGCUUCGUGCCGCAUCGCCUCGCGUAGAGUUCAGUUCGGUUCGGUUCGGAUCGGGCUGCCGAAGUGCAGCGGUCAGGCAUCGGCGGGCGUCCCAGUAGUGCGCUCAGGUAAACGAGAAAGAUCGGUAGAGCCGCUCGUAUUUGCGUCGGAUAGUGCGGCCUAACCUCGUUGCGUCGGUCGAGAAACGUAGAAACGGCAAGUGCGAGUGGAGGCGGCAGUAACGUUCCGUGCCGCGAAGUUCGCCGCGAAGUUGUGCGCGGUGAAGUUAGUCGUUCGGGUCGCGACAGUAGUGCGCGCGAAAGUGAGACACGAGUCGAGCGAGUGCGAACAGUGAAUUCCGGGCGUCUCGCGAUCGAGAAGAGGAGCGUCGCCGUCCCGUCGGCAGAAACUCGCAUCGUGGGCCGACGGCGGCGAACAAGCGACGAUCGCCACCCGCCCGCCGGCGAGGGAUCGCGCGGGAGGAACAUCGUUAUCACCGGGCUGAAGUCGAAGACCGGCGUAGAAGCUACGCGAUAAGACCGGGAGGACGACGGUGGCCGUCGGCUGCGUGGCCGCAAUAAUGCCGCACGUGAGCAGCAGCGGCGGCGGCGAUGAUCUCGGCAGCGAGGACGAGGUCAAGGUUUUUAAGCACGAGGGCGAGGAGGAGAAGAUAUCUUCGGAGAACCUCACCGAGGACAAGAGCGACCUUAUUGAUCUCACCGAGUCUGAGGAAAAGGGUUCGCUUGCUGGCGGCAGCUAUGCAGCGACGGGAAAAGCGUCGACGAGGUCCGACCUCAGCCCUGUUUUCGGAAAGGUGGACCCGACGCCGCACACCUCGUCGUUCAACAUGGGCUACCUCGUCUCACCGUACCCGUACCCUAACGGAGCCGGUGGACCCAUCCCCGUCUCUAUGGUGAGUGCAGCGACACGAUUGGCUAGUUAAGGGUAGCGGUAGGUAAGUUGCGAGCGAUCGCGGGACGCGUCACAUCGGAGUAAUCCGAUUACGGUGCCGCCAUAAGGCACGGCGACGAAAAACUUGGCCGCGGAUUGACUCGAGGAGCGGUAAGAGAGUCCAUAAAGCCAUUUAUAGUUGUCGCCUUGCGUCUGACUGGCCGUCUGCCAGGCGCGGCGAGGUCCUUGCUCGGUUUUAUGGCGCGCUUCAUGGCGAUUUUCAUUAAGCCGAGCUCGGGAUCUUGGACUGACGAAUUUGGGGCACGCUGCGCUUUUUUCGCAACGAGCCAACGGAAAUUGAACGGAACCCCGCUAGACGUAUGAUUAAUCGAGCUUGAGUACGCUUGGGUUGUAAUUAUCAUUUUUUUCAACGUUCCGCGUGUUGCCGAUUGAAUAUGGAGAACAGACGAUGGUCGGGCCUACGGCUGCAUUGCUAUUAGCGGUAAUAGUAGUAGCAGCAGACGUGCUACUAGCGCGAUAAUGAGCUAAUGAGCGGUGUCUGGCGUUCCGGCACGGUGCUGCUGUUCCAGCGCAGCCACGAGCAAGGACGUGUGAGCUACCACGUGGCUGAUGUAUUGUUGCUCGUGCAAGGUGCUCAUAGUCACUUGCGUUGUCGGUAUCUCAUCAAUGAUCGCGAUGCCCAUAGGAAAUCGCCGAUUUUAAGAAUCUCAAAAGUCGAAAGUGGUUGCACUUUGUGGUCAAUCGGGAUCGAUAAAUUCGAUUAAAAAAUGGCGGACGAGAUUCGACUUGGUGAGUAACAUUAUCAAAGAGAAGAAAGAUUCACGCGCGCUGGCUAAUCGGCGAUUUGACGUGGUCGGGUAAAAAAGAUAAUGUUCUCCGGAACGAAUAUUGCGGUAGGGUAGUAGAAGCUCUCGUUUUUUCACCUCGACAGUGCAACGCGACUUGAGCACCUGCGGAAGAAUGAGGACUCAGGAGCGAGGGGGAGGUGAUCAGUUUUUCUGGCGAUGUCGAUCGACGGACCCCGGGGGAGCCAUAAAAUCUCUUUCCUCGUCCCCCUGGUCAUCGCUCGACCUGUUCUCACGCGACUCGAGCGCGAGCUUCUUGCCUCGCGGUGAUCACGAAGAGGGGAAGAAACAGCCGUCCGUCCGUCCGUCCGUUCGUUCGCGUUGCUGGCGAGAAACAGGAUUUUUCGUUCCCUCGGACGCGAACAAGCGCGUACCCCCGCCGCGCACGUUGUACAUCGCACGGGGCACGUCCGUAAAGACGAUCGAGCGAAACCCGCCACGUGAUAACGACGAGCAGCCGCUCGCCUUGCUCCUUUUGCGGUGCGUCUCGCCGUAAAUUUCUCCGACGCCCGCAGCCGAGGCAUUUAAUCGCGAACGUUAACGCCGAUCGGAGUUGACGGUGAGUUUUAAAUACCACGAGCGACGCAGGACCGCAUCAAGAUAAAGUCGGUAACGUUGCGGAAAACUGAUAAUUAUGGUUUGCAAAAUUGUAUCUCUCCAAUUUCCGCUUCAGAUGUCGCGCCUUGCAUCCCGAUUUAUUCAAGAAAAACGGCAAAAAAGCGAAUCCACGUCGGACACUUUUCUCGACUAUGGACGCAUCGCUGUGCACGCGAUGCCCCGACUAGAAAUUUAUCCAGUGGUCCUGAUCAGGUUGACCUUAUUUUAUUAUCAGGACCUGAUCAGUUAUGUAACGCAGCACAAUAGUUAGGUCCUUAUCUGGAU